UAAAAGCAUCAGUGUCGCAGAAACGAUGGACAGUAGUGUUCGACGGCGACAGAUGAGAAAAAAAUCGGCGCGAUAGUUAACAAAACGCCAACGUCGGACUACAAACAACAAUUGCAAAUACGAGAAAGAAUGGCGUACCUGAAACUUUACCUUGCUCUGCUCUUGGCCGUUGCAAUCGGCGUGGCAGUUGCAAAACCGGGAUACUUGGGUGGAUAUGGCUAUGGAUAUAGGUUCCCAUUCUACGGUGGCUACGGCGGCUACGGUGGCUACGGUGGCUACGGUGGCUACGGCGGCUACGGCGGCUACGGCGGUUUGUAUGGACAUGGAUAUGGUCAUGGAUAUGGACAUGGAUUUGGCUACGGCGGAUACGGAUAUCCGUUCUACGGUGGCUAUGGUCAUUACCAUGGUUAAGAUGGACACAAAACAACGGCCUUCUUCUGGAUUUUCUUUAAAAUACCAUAUGAAGAAUGAGCUUAAUUAAAAAAUGAUAUAUGUUUUCUCUCUAUUGUAUCCUUUUGUCGCCAAGAUUGAUCCAACGUGAGAAGAACAUAUUCAUGUAACGCUUGUGUCAAAUUGUGCACGCAAUAUGUCUACGACAAAAUUCUUUAAAAACAACGAUAAAGUUUCUUAAAGAAAUUAUAAAAGUCACACAAUGUUGCAAGAUA